CAGAUGUCGCAAUUGCACAUAGCCAUUGUUAGCGAAGUUAUCGAAUAAAUGUAGAUUUUAUAUUUACUUUUGAACGUAUUUUUCGUUAACAAAUUGUUUUAUUGGUUUGUAAAUAGUGAGAAGUCACUUAAUUGGUAAUUAGUAUAUCUAAUAGAGAAAAAGAAAAAAAAAGUGAAAUAAUAUUGGUAUUACAAAUAGCGUGUCUCAUUUUCAAGCUCGUGCCACCCGCCAUAACGAACGCUUCUUGAUACGAAUAGUUCGUUUGAAUGAAUCUUUCGAACGUGCUCGGGUUUUGUUAAUUGGUGUGAGUUUUUUGGUGUGGCAUUUUUAAUGCGCACAAGAUAAUUGCAUGCGAAUUGACUUAUGGUGACAAUUUGAAGUCAUGGAAGUGGCACGAAAGUUGCAUUUUGAUGCGUGUGAUAUAGAAGAUGAGGAACUUAAUAUAAGCAGCCUUGGAAACAACUCGAGUUGCGAUAUCGAAGAUGUUUUUGAUUCUUCGACCGAGUAUUCCGGAUGCUUAUCUACACUUCAACCGAAAAAAUUGUCUUUCACUAGUCCACCUGCCUGCGAUCUCAAUGAAACCUUUACAGUACCACACAAUAAUAACAAAACACCGGCCAUCAAUGUGACAGGACCUUCUGGAAUAAAAAUUCCAUCUCGUGAAACUGGCUGUUCACAAAAAAUGUCUCUGGCUUGUAGCCCACCAUACAAGCGUGUCAGAGCAUUAAGAUUGUUUGACUCACCUGCUACACCUAAAACUUUAAUGGAAAAAAGUACAAUGCAUACUCCACUUCCUUCUAAAUGUACUAGACUUUUCUCGCUAGAGAAGCCUAGACCUGUAGCUAGCAGUUACCAAAGUAAAUCAGAUAGACCUGCAGCCAAUGUUAAUCCCUUUACACCAAAUGGAAUGUUAUUAACAGCAAGAAAGAGAAGUAGAUCAAAGCGUAGUCUUAAUGGAUCUCCUGAUGUUCAAAAUAAUAAAUUUGAUCUUGCUGACUCUGAGGAUUCUGAAAAUGAAAUAGAGCAACCAACUAAACGUGUAGCUUUACAUGAAUCUAACAUUCCCAGGUACCAUAGAGAGUUCCAUGAACUUGGUUUAAUUGGUACUGGUGAAUUUGGUUCUGUUUAUAAAUGUAUUAAUAGAUUAGAUGGAUGCGUUUAUGCUAUUAAAAAAAGCAUUAAACCUGUAGCUGGAAGCAUAAAUGAAAAAAAUGCAUUAAACGAAGUAUAUGCACAUGCUGUUCUUGGCAAACAUCAACAUGUUGUACGAUAUUAUUCGGCAUGGGCAGAAGAUAAUCAUAUGAUUAUACAAAACGAAUAUUGCAAUGGUGGUAGUUUGGCAGAUGCCAUUUUAACUUUGCAAAAAGAAAAGAAACAUUUGUCUGAAGCAGAAAUGCGCCAGUUAUUGUUACAUGUUGCUGAAGGUUUAAGAUAUAUCCAUAGUGUCCAGUUAGUACAUAUGGAUAUUAAACCAGGAAAUAUAUUUAUUUCAAAGGAGAAAAGGCUACUUGCUGUUAAUUAUGAUUCAGCUGAUGAUGGUUUUGACGAAGAAGAAAUUGUUGAAGAAGAAAUCACAUAUAAAAUUGGAGAUUUGGGUCAUGUAACAUCUAUUAGUAAUCCACAAGUUGAAGAGGGUGAUUGUAGAUAUUUGCCAACUGAAAUCUUACAUGAAGAUUUCAAUCAUUUAACAAAAGCUGAUAUCUUUGCCUUGGGUCUUACGGUAUAUGAAGCUGGUGGUGGUGGUCCACUUCCCAAGAAUGGUCCAGAAUGGCAUGAUAUUAGAAAUGGAAAUUUAAAAGAAUUAUCGCCUUAUAGUAGAGAUCUCAAUGAUUUGCUAAAGUUAAUGAUUCAUCCAAAUCCUGAAAUGAGGCCUUCAGCUAUAUCACUUAUUCAACACAGAGUACUAUGCCCAUAUGGAAAUAAAACAAAAGCUCAGCUUCGGCGUGAAUUAAAUGCUGAAAAAUUGAAAAAUGAGAUUUUAUCAAAGCAAUUACAAGAAGCAGCAAAGUGUAUUAAAACAUUUGCUCCAAACGUAGCUGCAAUAAAUGGCACAGUAAAUUCUGAAAGAUAUAGAUUAAGAUCUGCAACAAAUAGAAUCUCAAACAGAGCUAUUGGCAAAAAGGUCAAUCGUAGCAAUAGUACUACAAAUUUUUAAAUGUUAUGUAUUGCUUUUACACUUUAUUAAGAAUACAAAGAAGAUAAAGGUGCUACAGAAUAGUAGUUCUGCAAAGCAUUUUCAUCUUAAUAUUGUGAUAUCGUAUUAAUUUUAGUUUCUAAAUAAGGGUAAGCCAGCCAAUUUAUAAACUUCAUAUCAUUGUAAUAUUAUAGAACAUUGAUUUCAUUCUUAUUUAUAAAAUAGAUUUAUUAUUAUUAAAUCUUGUUUUGGAAGGUAAGUGGAUUUUGAAAUCAACAAGAAGAAACAAUACUAAGUGUAAUUUAUAAGUAACAUUUGAUACAAUGGUAAUAUUUCAAUGAUAUAAAGUGCAGUGUGUAAUUGCAUGGAACUAUGACUACUACUUUUUACUGUGAUGAAGACUAUUUAGUGUUAAACAAAAACUAGGAAUUUUACUUGAGGAAUUUCUUUUGCUUUUGUUGUUCAGAACAUCUUGAACAAAGUAAAAUCACAAAAUAUUUCAUGUUA